AUGGACAUUGAAGCACAAGGCGGAUAUAAGGAUGAUCCGGAGUUCGACGAACUGACGGAGCGUCUCGCAGACGAGAUCUUUGAUAUAUCGGCCACAAACGGCAGGCUCUGGGCCCACUUGAGGGCUUCCAAUCCCGACAAGGCUGCUGACCUUGCAGCCAAAAACCGGGCGCAGUUCCGGUCGCUAAAAGCCGACGUUGAGCGAAUCCAGCAGUGGCCCAACAAUUUGCCUGCUCAGAAAUACACGCAGACGAAACUGGUGCGCGAAUUCGCCGAAGCGUUCAGUGAGUUCCAGCGUAUCCAAAAGCAGAUCGCUCGCGGCGAACGCCAACUCGUGCAAGAAGCUCGUAAAAUUAACCCCCCACCUGAGACUCCAGCAUACAAGGAUAUUGACGGUGCUCCUGGAAUUGAGCUCCAGCAGCAGCAGUCGUUCGAAGAGCAGCUCAGGCAGGAUGAGGUGGCUUACCAGCAGGGCCUUAUCGAAGAGCGACAAGAAGAGAUUCGAGGCAUUGAGCAGGGAAUUGUCGAACUCAAUGAAAUUUUCACCAAUCUGAGUAACGUUAUUGCCGAACAGGGCUCUGUCAUCGACAACAUCGAAGCGAACAUCUACUCGGUUGCCCAGAAUACGCGCGAUGGCGCAGGCGAGCUCGUAAAGGCUGCUCGGUGGCAGCGUCGCACUGGAGGCCGCAUGCUCUGUUUUCUUAUUAUUUUACUGAUUUUCGCCCUUGUGAUUAUUUUAAGCGUGCUAGCAUAG